AUGAACGACCACAAACUACCUAUUAGAAAGCUCCUGGAUAAAUAUGGAAUCCUGGAAAUAAGCAGAAAAUCAUACGCUUCCCUUAAUAAUGCUGUCGUUCUAAAUGAUCCCUCGAGAGGCAAUAAUAUUAUUUUUCCAAAAAGAGACUAUUCCUUGAUGCAUCUAGCAUUUGGAACAAUUCUAGAACCCGUGAAUAUGCUUUCUCUGCUAUGCGCUGCAUUUCUAGUCGUUGUUUACGAAUUUAAUGAGGAGGAAACAUGCCACCUGUUGGUAUUCUUGUCUACACUUUGCAUAAUGGCUGUUAAAACGAUCUUUGAAGUGUUUGAAGAGUCAAAAAUCAAUGGAAUUUACAAACAACGGCUAGACUCGCAUGAUUGCCGGAUCGUUAACGAAGAUCAUAUUGUUCAUAUAGACAGGGAAUUAAUUAAAACUGGAGAUGUUUUGGAUUUGAAAAAGGGAGAUACUGUGGGAGCUGAUGCCAUUCUUGUGAAGUCAAACAAUGUUGAAAUAGAGCGAAGCAUCGGCCAGCUUGGCGUGAAGAACCUCAAAAGAACACAUACAAAGCACAAAGAUAUUUUUGAAGAAUCAGAUAAUGUCGUUUUGAGCUCAGAUAGAAUUGUAGGUGGAAGGGGCAAGGCUGUAGUUGUCCGAAUUGGAAACGAUACAAAAAUUGCUGAAAUCUACAGAAAUAUGUUUUAUAAAAGGAAAUACCAAAGUGAACUAUACUCAGAAAUGACUUUGUUUUUUGUAGGCUCAUUGGUUUUUGGAUUACUGUUGAGUAUGGCUUUGAUUCUGAUCGGCCUGACAACAGGAAUAACCUUCUUCAAUGCUGUUGAUCUCACGGUGUCGGUCUUAAUUACGUUGAUCCCUGAGGGAAUUCCGUCUACUGUUAAGCUGCUGCUAUUCUCCGCAGGUUCAAAAUUAAGCGAAAAGAAUAUUUAUAUUAGAGACGUUGCAUCUAUUGAAAAACUAGGAUUGGUCACGAGAAUACUUGCCGAGAAAAGCGCACUUGUUCCUAGUGAAAAUAUUGCAUGCUCAUAUGUGUACAAUGGGCAGGAUCUGAUUGAUGUUGAAUUAGCAUUUAUUGAUAAAAAUGAAGAUUCGUUAUCAUUUCUACAGAAAAUAGGGUAUAUGACAAAACUAAUAAGCUCAUCAAAAGACCAGCACCAUAACAGAGCUUAUUAUCUUCCAUUAGAAACACUGGGAGAUAUUUGUUGCAAGUAUUUUGCCAACCACACUCGUGUUGCCACAAAGAUCAAGGAUGUAAGGUUGAAAGAUCUAAAUGGCACAAUUGUGGAUGAAAGUGAUUUUAAAUCAAUCUAUGUGACCGGCUCUGUAGAAUCGGUUUUAAAGGUAUGUAACAAGUCUUUCGUAGACCAGAACAAGAAAAAGCUUAUUUUCAGCAAAAAAAUGAAAACUAUAACAUUGCACCACAAAAUGAAAAUUGAAGGGUAUGAUAGUGUUGCAUUGGCCUAUCGAUCAUUUGGCAAGAACGAGCAGACGUUUAAAAUGAAAGGAUUGACAUUUGUUUGUGUGUAUUUUUUGCAAGAGAUGCCAGAAUCUGAUUUACCACUGGUAUCAAAUAUUUUCAAAAAUGCAGGCAUUAAAUUUUCAAUAGCCACAGACACACAUUCGGAGAAUAAGCUGAACUCAAGCAGAAACAUUCUGGGUCUUAGAGAGAAGUUUGUAAGAGAUGACCAAUUUCUAAAAAUAGAUGAGCCUGCGACGGGCCAUAUAAUAAAAGCAGAGCAGUAUAUGAACUUUGAUGCAGAAUUAAAAAGACUGUUUAUCCAAAGAGACAAGUUUAUCAUUUACAGAUGUAAUGCGGACUCAAAGUCUGAAGUUGUGAAUGAUUUACAGCAGAACGGUGAGGUUGUGUGUUUUGUCGGGUCACAGAUGGACGAUUCGCGUGCUCUAAGCAAAUCAGAUAUUGGUGUCUGUUUUCAGGAUUCAAGUCGUAUUUGCAAAGAAGCGAGCUCUAUGGUUUUCAAUCCUCAGAAAUUUGAUGAUAUUAUUUAUAGCCUCGAAGAGGGCAGGCUGUUUUUUAUCAACUUGCAGAAGUCGAUUAGGUAUAUUCUCAUGCACAUUAGUCCACAGUUAUUGCCUUUUGUUCUUUAUGUCGUCCUAGGAACGCCAAUGCCGCUGUCGCCUAUUUUACUUAUAUUUUUGAAUUAUCUAGUCGAGGUGAUUCCAGCAGUGUUUUUUUCAUUUGAAGACCCCGAAUUUAAUCUUUUGCUAGAGCCACCGAGGCAGUGCAAAAACAAUGCUUGGUCAUUGGGAAAUUUAGCUGAAGAGCUGGGACCAAUCCAGAAGUUUAAACGUUUUAUUCGCGACAUGAUGGGUGUAUUGAGUAACGGCAUAAUGUACAGCACAACUAUCCUUUCCUGGUCAAUUAUCGAAGCGGGAUUAAUCUCAUCAAUUGGGUGUGAGCUAGCCUUUUAUUCGGUGCUAUACUCAAACAACAUUCCUUUUUCAAAAAUGUUCUUCUCGGCAAAUACAUAUUUUCAAUACAAAUCACCAGAUCUUAGAUUAGCUGAUGGGAGCAUAAUAGACUAUGAGGAGCAGCUCGCUAUUGUAUUUAGAGGACAAAGCACGUAUUUUCUUGGGUUAAUGGUCUGCCAGUUUGCAAACAUGCUUGUAUGUCGACGUGACAAAGAAUAUUUUUUUCAAAGAUUCUUUAAAAACUUCAAGAUAGUCGUAUUCACAAUAAUCGGCAUAGCACUUUCCACUCUUAUUAUUUUCGCACCGUUCUUUGAAACGUUUUUGUUGAUCAAACGACCAAAUUUGCUGUCGUUACUUUUCCCAGCAGGUUCUGCAGUUUUAAUAUUGGCAAUCGAUACUCUUAGAAAAUUUAAAAAAAAAUUCACACUGUGA